GAUCGCAAAGAAGCUUCGCUCCUCAGUGUGUUUUCUAGGGUUUUGACAGCGAGACGACGCCGUUGAUCUCGUCUCCGGCUUCAGCGGCUGCUAGCGUCCAUGGCGGUGAAGACGGUGAAGGUUAGCAAUGUCUCCCUAAGUGCCACAAUGCAGGAUAUUAAAGAGUUCUUUUCCUUUUCUGGGGAUAUUGAAUAUGUUGAGAUGCAAAGUGCGGAUGAGUGGUCUCAAAUUGCCUAUGUCACGUUCAAAGAUUCACAGGGAGCAGAAACGGCACUUCUUCUUUCGGUGGGUGCAACAAUAGUUGACCUAUCUGUGAUUAUUGUACCAGCUCCAGAAUACCAAGUGCCUCCAGCUGCUUCAUCUCCUCCUGUGGUAGAUUUCAUGCAAAAAGAUGAUAAUGCGAGCAGCAGUGCUGGAUCUGCUGUUCAGAAGGCUGAAGAUGUGGUUAGCAGCAUGCUUGCCAAGGGUUUUAUCUUGGGCAAAGAUGCUGUCAAUAAAGCCAAAACUUUUGAUGAGAAGCAUCAGCUGACUUCCACUGCAAGUGCCAGAGUUGCUUCUUUCGACAAGAAGAUAGGGCUGAGUGAGAAAAUCAGCACAGGCACUUCAGCUGUUGGGGAAAAAUUCAAGGAAAUGGAUCAGAAAUUUCAGGUUUCUGAGAAGACUAAAUCAGCCUUCGCUGCUGCUGAACAAAAAGUUAGCAGUGCAGGGUCUGCGAUCAUGAAGAACAGAUAUGUCUUCACCGGAGCAUCAUGGGUGACAGGUGCCUUCAAUAAAGUUGCCAAGGCUGCUAGCGAAGUGGGAUCAAAAACAAAAGAAAAAGUUGUUGCCGAGCAAGAACACAAGACAAGGUCCGAGGAUGACUUCGCCGAGGUUCAUCUAUCUGAGACUCCAAAAGCCGCAUCUGCCGAGCAUUCGUCCAAGCCUACGUCGGCCCAAGGAUUGAUUCUUUGAUGUUCUCUUUCUACAAAACAACGCUCUGGGAUACUUGUGUUACAUGUUGUGACGAUAAACAUGAGAACAGAUGCUCCUCUGUCUACACUUGUCUAUUAGAACAAUUUCACCAUGGUGAGCCUUGAGGUAUCAUGAAAUGGUGGCCUUGUUGCUGGUUCAUGUAUGAGGAUGGAAGCUCCAGCAUCUAUUAUUCUUCAAUAGUCAUUAAGUUAAUUUCCUAU